CAGAGUAGCAAGCAUAAUCACAAGAAGGAAAAAGCGCACGAUGCUGGCUGGUCACAUGCAUCAUGAACGACAAACUCUCAGCCGUGUCCGUUAUGUCUGCCCGUUCUACUCUCUCUCCCCUGCCUGCCUCAGUCGUACUCUACUUACGGUGGGUGGGGGCACCUUUCACGACCGUCCAUGUUUGCCGUGCCGCAGGCAAAGCAAAUGAGCAAGUCUUCUAGAGACCCGGCUAUGCGCACAGCCUCAACAACAAUACACACACUUCAUUGGACACACACACACUCCCUCCCCGACGCAUCCAUGCAGAGCCGCCAAUCAUCUUCCAUGCGCCAGCCAUCCCACGGCGUCAUCUGCCGGCUCAGGGGCCACACGAGGGCCUGCAAAGGGUGGUGGGGGAGGGGCAGGGGGAGGCAGCUUCGGUUUACCUGCAAAGAAGCGCAGAUCAAUACACAUCCUGCCUGCCACGCCAUGAGUCCUCCCUCAUUUACGUACCGAAUCCGAACAUGGGAGGCGGAGCCGCUGCUUUUGGUGGAGGGGGCGGGGGUGGGGGAGGGGGCGGCGCGGAGAGCUCAGGUGACACAGAAGCAGGGAUGAUUUGCACGGCAGGGGGAGGUUUGUCUGUGUGUGAGAGGGCGCGGACACAAAAUUAGAAAUGACCUUUCUCACCCACCCGAUAUACCAAACGACAUGUCUCCAUAUCUGACUCACCGAUUGAUGGUCUCUUUGGCGGGGGAGGGGGCGGAGGGGGUGGGGACGGUGGGAAAAGCUCCUCUACGCGACCUGAUGUGUAUGACAACAUUUGAAUGUUGGGAACGAACCAAUAAUGUGCAGGUGGGUUUGUUGAACGUUCUGACUGUGUGUCUCCCAUCCCACCUGGUGGCAAAAUUGCCUCUGUGGGCGCCUCAGCAACAGGCGGGCGCUCUUCCAGGAGGUCAGGAGGCGCAGCAAAUGGCCUUUCGUCCACUUUGACCUCCUCUGCUGCUGCGAGGGGUGGCUCUGCAAUUCAUCGCCGUUGAGAUGAGCAUCCUGAGACGUCACCGCUUCCUUGUGACUCACCUGGAGCAGCCACUGGAGCCUCUGGUGGUGCUUCUGUGGUAAUAGGUGGCUCCUCUGCCUCUGCUUGUGGUUGUGGUUGUCGCGAUGGCGGUGGCGGUGGCGGGGGUGAUGGGGUGGGCCGCGCUGAUGGUGGCUCAGGGGUUGCCAUCGCCCAUGCCGGAGGGGCCCUUCUGCCCUCCGUGUCUUGGAGACGCUCGGCCUCGUCUUCAGGCGCCUCGGUCGGCUUCUCUUCUUUCUCGGGUGGUUUCUUCCUCGGCGCAGGUGCGGUGACGAAUGGGAGCGGCUUGAGCUGCUCUCUCUCCUCGAGCUGCUCCUCAACCAUGGCAAGGGCGGCGAUCAGGUCGGCAUCCGCCUCUCUCUCGGGGCCCUCUUCCUCACGCACCGGGAUCUCCUGCACAACACACAGACAGAAAGAUAGACAGACAGGUGAGCCACGUGGACACACGUGUGUGCAGUGAUGAUGCACUGAUGUGUUUGUUGUGUUGGCUGUGUGCACGUGUGUCCGUUUGUGCAUUACUUGGUAGGCCGGUACCGGUGAGGUAAAGCUCGAUUCCAAAGGCAUCCCCGGCGGAGGCGGCAAAGGCGGCGCUGGCACCGACGGAGGGGGCGCCCGGGGGACCGCCAACGCUGGACGGGGGGCCUCGGUCUCUGAAGCAGUGAGGGAAACAUGCACCAAGGAGAUGCCCCUCUUUCUGAUGAGAAGGCCUAUAUGCCUACCUUCUUCCUUCUUCUCUUCCUCGACCGAUGGCAUCUGCUCGCGUCGCUUGGCGGCUUUCCGUGCCUCUUUUCUUUCUUUUGCCGUCUUGAGAAUGGACGCCCGGCGUGAGACGCGUCGCUGUGUGAGGAGGUUGAGCGUGGCGAAGUCUGAGAUGCGCUGGGUGAUCUUGACGGUGGCGAGCUUGAGUUUGGCCUUCUCGGCCUCGACGUCCCUCUCGCCCGCCAAUGCACUGCACGCACUCGUAGAGGAGGAACGAUGGCACAUGGCGAAGGUGACCUGAGUGCGUACGAUUUGUGCCUGCAAUAUUCACCCUGCUUUGAUCCUCGGGUUGACGUAUCCCCAGUAAAAGAUGCAGCAGCCGCUGACGGCCAGCAGCACCGCACUGUACACGGCACGGACAGACAAGGAGCGAGGAGAUAUGCAGAGAGACAUGAAAUUGUUCCUCUCUUGUUGCUUCUCGCUGUCUGGCUGACCCAGCGACAAUGAGAUAAAUCCACCAUGGGGUCUCGCCCCUGCCGCGCACUAUGGCAGCCUCAGCCGUACUCGGGGGAACUAACGAGUCGCGGGACGCAUCGUCGGGGAUCUGUGAGUGAAGACACGGAUCGCAUACAUACAAAGUGCAGGCAGGGAGGCAGUGGCUUGUGGUUGUCACCUGGAAGAGGGCGAAUUGUGACAGGUGGCAGAUGCGGACGCUAUACACCAGGGUUGAGGGAGACCAUGAGUCCCUCUUGAGUCCCUCAGGGCAAGUCAGAAAAGCAGGCUCCCACAACUGCAACGCCGUAACAAGACAGACAAGAUGGACGGAUGUCUGUCCACACAGGGUGGUCGUCGCUCGGGCAGCCGUACCUCGUACACUGGUUCGAAAUAGAAGAGAAAGGGCACUUGGCGAGACGGCCAGCCUGCAGGAAGGUGCACGGGGAAGGACAGAGGGUACAGCGCUGUUUUCUUUUGCGUGCGACGUGCUGCCUGACCGAGCGCAGUAAACGUGAAUUGGAUCGUCAAUGGCGCCUUGAACACCAAAUACUCUUGACGAUAGAUAGCACAGGAGCGAUGAGUGGGCGGAAGAUCAGUAUGGCUGUUGUCCAGACCAACCUGCAGUGGCGCCUGACAGGUGGAAGUUGAUGUCUGAGCAAACCUUGACGGCGUCGUUCGCCUUGCAGGGAUUGGGGUCAGCUGCAUACACCGAUGGACACACGCACGAAGGACAUGACAUGCACCCGUCGGGGAUGAGAUGGGAGAAAGGCUGGCCUUGCUGACUUACCAGUGCCGUUGACGGAUCGCACCUCGAUGACGGCGAGGUCGUCAAGCAUGAACAUGUCUGCAGCACAUACACAGAGGGAUGGAUGGGCAGGCGCAUUGCUGAGCUUACGCUGUCCACGCGACGACUGACUGAGUGACUGACCUCUCUGUGUCUGCAGUUCCCACGCCGUCGGCUGCUGGUUGGGGCUGAACAGCGGCGGCAAAGAGAUCGAAUCAUAUGUCCUAAGAGAGAGAGAAAAGGGGAGACCGGGUAGUUAGAUCAUCUAGCUCAUCUAGCUGCCUGCCGCCACCCAUUUUCAACCCGUUGGCAUUGAGGUAUAUCCUUGGAUGGUAGUAGACACGCUCCACCGACACUCCCUCACCUGAGGGAUCAAGAGCAGCCAAGGACCACCCUGGCCGUUUUUGUGGUGUCUCCUUCCUCCUGCCUCUUCACCGACCGAAGUGAGUGUAUGCGGUAAGUGUGAAGACGUAAUCGAGACCGAAGUGGAGAGGGAAGUCAGGCAGCAACACCUCACUACCCUCCAGAUUGGUCAGAGCGUCGCUGUCAACGAGACACACACGACACAUGAACACAUCGAUGUGCGCAUCCAUGCAUGCAAACACACAUGGAUUCGGUGAACCCCCAUCGGGCCUCGAGGGUGUAGUUGGCGGCGCCCGUGAAGCCAAACCACCUCACGACCAGCGACGGGCUGUCAGACGACGGCGAAGCCCCCACACUGCCGGCAUUGAGCUCCUCCGUCAGAGCCGGCCGUCUGUAGGAGAAGGCAAGGUCGCCCUUCAGGGGUGCGCCGGGCGCUGCAUGGACGGCAGCAGCGAGAGACAGACCCAACAGAGUCUGCUGUCCUUAUGUGUGACUUCGUCAGUCCUUACAAUAGAUGACCAGCUUUCGGUCGCCCGCUUCCUCGUUGACAUUGGCAUUGCCGGCCUGCGACAGAAACGAGACAUAGAUGCGAUGCGAUAUUCCCAUAUAUAUGUCUGUGUGUCUCUCUGGCUGAGGGAGGGAGGAUACGUACGUAGUCAACGGUGAGAGUGGUGCCGUUGAUGUUGACAUAGAUCUCCGAGGUGCUCUGCGGCACCGCCUCCACUGAAUAAGACUGGUCGACACAAACGAACAUACACGCAGGAAGAGGCAGAAAGUCUUGUCAGUGACGCUGGUAUGGAUGACUGAUAGGCAGGCGCUUACCUGGUCAGAGAGCUUGGUGAGCGUGUCUUUGGUCAAGUUGACUACGCCGCCUGCACACACGCACACACACACACACAAACGGAGUCAUGCAUGAAGUAUGUAAUAUAUUGUGUGCACACCGACCCUCAAAAGUGGGCAUGACUGCAUACAGGUCUCGCAACGGCUCGGACCUGACGCAGCAAGAUAUGUAUGUGGGUCACCUCACCGGUGCACCUCUCCUGCUGGCCUGAACGUCCUUUACUGACUGACCAUGUGACAGUGACGGUGAAAGGGCUGUUGGCGUACUCGGGAACCGUCAGAUUCACCGACGGAGGCGUCGUAUCUGCCCCAACCAACACGUAACAAUCAGCGACAAUGUGGAUGCGAAUUCGAUUAUUUGGCAGAUUAGUGAGUCACCAUAUCGGAAUUCGAACUCCUUGCCGUUGAAUCUGAGCUGUCCCUGCGGCAUUAUCUUGACGGUGAAUGGGAAGUCCUCCUCGCCGUAGCCCGGGUAUACCCCAGCGGCCGUCACAUUGGUGUCGUCAGUGUCAGUGUCAUUUUGCCGCGUCACAUUGAACUUGGCCAGGAAUGCAGUGUUGUUCAGCUCAGCCAAAUCAACUGCACGUCCACACAUACAUGGAUGGAGAGAGGCCCUUGUUCACGUCACGCAGCCAGCUGUUUGUUGUGCUUUUGGUGUGCUGACUGAAUAGAUAGGGCUCGAUCUCGACCAGACGAUUGACGUCCACAAAGCUUGUGAACAUGUCCCUGUGGGUCGAUGCAUGGUAUGCAAUGGGAGGGCAGGCGCAUACACGGCCGGGCGUCUGAUCCCUCCAUGUGUCUCACAUGACAUGGCACUCACCUUCUGUGUGGAGACGUGAACUGGAUGAACAAUCCGUUGGCCACCUCUCUGGUGGUCAGCGUGCCGAAAGGGUUCACUUCCACAGGAAAGGAUAUGUCCACGUCAGGCGCAACAUUGUCUGCACAACACAGAUACAAAUUCAAAGGCGCGUACACGGCUCCUCUGCAUGAUAUUGUGCCAAUGCAAGCCGCUCACAGAAGAGAAACGAGACGUUGGCAGUUAGGGCGGUGUUGGGGUUGUUGUUGACGGUCGCCACGCGGAAUGCGGGCAGAUAGAUGUUGAUGGGCCCGGCGUGUCCCGCCCCUCCCACGGCAUCAAACGAAUAUGUGUGGUUGAGCGUGGGGUGCUUCUGCUGGUUGGACAGGACCACCCCAGGCGAUGUCUCGAGGUCAGCAAUGUCGAACGGCACACCCUUGUAGUUUGGCCCCAGCUCCUGGUCGAACUCAAUCUGAUGAGCCAGAAACACCCAUGUGUAUCUGUGUGUGUGUGUGUUUGUCAUCCAUUCACUUUUCCAUCGCUCACCUCGCAAUAAACAGCGUCGAAGUAGAAGAUAUCAGCGGUGUUCGUGUCUCCUGGGUUAUCGUAUGUGCGGAUCACCGCACUGGGGCCAGCCAUGGUGAGGUCAUAGGGCUGCGGCAGAGACAGAUUGCGGCAGAGAAAUUCCGACACCUCCUCACAUUGGCAGAUAGUGGUGGUCGGCACGUCAAAAGCGCUCGCGAGGGGCGGCGGGUCGCACCUGAACUUGCCAAGUGGACAAGGGAAGUGCAUGAUAUCGGAGAAGAGAGGGUAGUCAACUCUCGUGAUGCUGGGGUCGAGAUGGCCGAAGCAGUCGGUGCCCUGCCCGUUCCCGGUGACGAUAAAGCCGGACGACAGCUCUGCAUCGAGCUCCUCCCUCAGCACAUCCCGGUCCACCCCACAAACUUGCUGCAGCCCGCUGGUAUCCUCCACAGCGCCGUCAAGACAGGAAGCGCCACAGACAAACGAGCCGUCACCCUGGUCCCCUCCAAGCCCUCCGCCAACGCCCCCAUUGCAAACACACUCGCCCGUAUCAGCGUUGCACGCUAUGGUGCCGUUGAGACAUGUGAACGUAUACACGUUGUCGUGGGUGUAGCGGUAGGUCAGCUCAUCGCCGGCCAGCGUGGUGAUGGCGAAAGACCAGUCCGCCGCCUCGCUCAGCUGCUGGCAGCGAAGCCGCUCCUCGAUAGAGAUGCCAGUGCAGUAGGCCGUGCGGUUGAGCUGGCUGUCGUAUGUGUUGUUGGUGCAGUACUGGCCUUCAUAGAUGCCCUUGUGGUAGGCCAGCGGAUCGUCAGCUGUCUGAAGGCCACGAGGGAAGCGGAGAGCAAAUGCCGCUGGGCUCAGCAAGCACAGCGCGGCAAGACACCAGCAGCAAGAUGAUGGCACCGCUGAGCCCAUUCCGUCGCCAGAGAGCCUUUUGCACUGCUUCGCG